UUCGAAUCGAUGGGGGUUCCAUUCCAAUGCUCCUCGGAGACUUGUCCGCCCUGCUUGCUUUUGUUCGAAGACCACCACCCGACUAGGUAAUGAUCUGGACCGGAUCAGAACGCACAAAACCAACGAGAAUUAGCGACGUCGCGGCGAUCCCUCCGUCCCUGCCAGCCUGCCAGAUGCACAGGAUCGUGAUAAGACAAGAUGACAUCCAAUGGUGCAAGGGGUGGAGAGAGAUCGAUCCAGGUAUACACCUCAUGGCCCCCCACGUUUGCGACUCAGCCUGGACGCCGUGUUGUGUGUCUGUCUGUGUCUGUCUGUGUGCGUGUCGUGCUAUCCUGAGACAUCGACAGGACGAGAGGUUGUCUCAAACACGUGGUCUGGCAUUGGAGGGGCACAGCAGCAUCAGCAUCGUCUCUACAUGCACACCCGUCCUUCUCUUCCCCUCAUCGCCGUCCUCCUCCUCCUCUCUGUCGUUCCUUGCUCGGCUUUGGAGUGUCACACUCUCCACGGUACGCACGUCUCUGUGUCGUUGUUUUUGUCUCACCCAGCCGGUGUCGGCAGGAUAGGGCAGGCAUGCUCGGGCCUAAAAGUCCGCAUGGCAAUGGAGCAAGGGAGUUACGGUCAGUCGAAACCACGUAUCUGUGGGGGACAGAGAGAGAAAGAGGACCCUGCAGGCUGACAGGAAAUAUGGGGAACCAAGAUCAAAGCUGGACGAAUCAGAGCCCCAUGUGCGACGACUUGUAUACCCGGAAAGCAUUGAGAGAGGGAA